CGGGCGGACGCCGGGCGGGGGCCCCGCGCGGGGCCAGGUGGAGAGAGCCGCGGGCCGCGAUGGGCCGCCGCCUGCCGGUGUGGCUGUGCGCCGUCGCGGCGCUGCUCUCGGGGGCGCAGGCCAGGGGCACCCCGCUCGUCGCGCGGCCCGCGCCGCCCGGUGCCCCCCGCUACAACCUCUACACGACGGGAUGGCGCCCGCGGCUGCGCCCGGGGCCGCACAAGGCCCUCUGCGCCUACGUGGUGCACAGGAAUGUGACCUGUGUCCUACAGGAGGGAGCAGACAGCUACGUGAAGGCUGAGUACCGACAGUGUGGAUGGGGGCCCAAGUGCCCCGGGACAGUCACGUACCGAACAGUGCUCAGACCCAGAUACAAGGUCAACUACAAGACGGUGACGGACCUCGCCUGGCGGUGCUGCCCUGGCCUCACUGGAGAAGGCUGUCCCGAGCACCUGACCGACCUCGGGGCCACCCCAGCCCAGCCAGAGCCUGAGCCCCAGAUUCCCUCAGGGCAGCUGGGCCCAGGGCCCCAGCCGCCUUCUUCUAGCAGAGCGGCCCCCAGCCCCUAUGGAAGCAAAGGCUCAGGGCUGUUCGGUGAGCGGCUGGAACGUCUGGAGGGUGAUGUCCAGCGCCUGGUACAAGCAUAUGGUACCCUCAGCGGCCUGGUGGCCGGCCGUGAGGACCCCAACAGGAUGCCUGGCAGUCCAAGGGCUCCUGCCGCUCCUGUGGGCUUCGGGGUCAUCUCCGAGGGGUUCGUGAGGCCCGGAGACAGAGCCAGAGGGCCACUCACCCCUCCCCUUGACGAGAUCUUGAGCAAGGUGACGGAGGUGAGCAACACGCUGCGGACCAAGGUGCAGCUGCUGGACAAGGUGCACGGGCUGGCCCUCGGCCACGAGGCUCACCUGCAGCAGCUGCGGGAGGCGCGUCCGUCUCCGCUCACCUCGCUGGCGCUGCUGGACGAGUACGUGGACCGACGGCUGCACCGGCUCUGGGGGAGCCUGCUCGAUGGCUUCGAGCAGAAGCUGCAAGGCGUCCAGAGCACCUGCGACCUGCGGGUGCAGGAGGUGAGGCAGCAGUGCGAGGAGGGCCAGGCGGCUAGCCAGCGGCUGCACCAGAGCCUGGACGGCCGGGAGCUGGCCCUGCGCCGGGAGCUGGCCCAGCUCGGGACCAGGCUGCAGGGCCUGAGCGUGGCUGGCGGGAGCAGCUGCUGCAGCCGGCUGCCCUUGAUCAGCGCCCGCGUGGACAACCUCGAGAGGAACCUACAGGCAGUCACCGAGGCCCAGCGGGGCCACGGCCCCCUCACCAGGGAUGAGCUCGAGCGGCUCUCUGCUGCCAUGCUGGACGGGGGUGUGGACGGGCUGCUGGAGGGCCUGGAGACCCUCAACGGGACGGAGGGUGGAGCGAGGGGCUGCUGCCUGGGCAUGGAGGAGGGCGGGUGGGAGGCCGGCAGCUUCAGGAGCAUGCUGGAAGAGCGAGUGCAGAGCCUAGAGGAGCGCCUGGUGACGCUGGCGGGGGAGCUAAGCCACGACGGCGCCCCCCCGGGCAGGCCAGCUCGGCCCCUGGUGCAGACGGAGCUGGCGGUCUUGGAACAACGGCUGGUCUCCCUGGAGACCUCAUGCACCCCCAGCACCACCUCAGCCGUCCUGGACAACCUGGCGGCAGAGGUGAAGGCCUGGCAGAGCCGGAGCAAGGCCCUCCUCCGCCAGGUGGCCAGCCACGCCGCCCUGCUCCAGCAGCUCAAUGGCACCGUGGCCGGGGUCCAGGAGCAGCUGACAGAAGCGACGGGCAGCUCACUUCAAGGUGAGAUCACCCUGCUCAAGGUCAACCUGAACUCCGUGAGCAAGUCACUCACGGGCCUCAGCGACUCCGUCAGCCAGUACUCUGAUGCCUUCUUGGCUGCCAACUCAUCCCUGGGCGAGCGCGAACGCAAGGUGGAGGCUGAGGUUCACGCCAUCCAGGAACAGGUCAGCAGCCAAGGCUCUCGGCUUCAGGCUGGCCACAGGCAGGUCCUGGGCCUGAGGGGGGAGCUGGAGCGACUCAGGGCCGGUGUGGCCGAUGUGGCCGGCGGGCUGAGCCGCUGCCAGGACACAGCCCAGGAACUGCAGCAAGUGGUGGGCCACUUCGACCGGAGGGUGGCUCAAGUGGAGGGUGCGUGUGGGAGGCUGGGCCGACUGGCUGCCGGCCUGGACCACUUGCCCACCGAGUCGCUCAGGCCCACGGAGGGCCUGUGGGGCUAUGUGGACCAGCUGAACCGCACGCUGGCUCAACACGCACAGGACAUCGCCCGCCUCCGGGAUGACCUCCUGGACUGCAGGGCCCAGCUGGCCGAGCAGGCGCGGCCCCGGCCAGCCGACUAGGCGGGCCAGACGGGACCGAACCCCAGAUCCCGCCAACACUGGGGAUGCCGCUCCAGAGCCCAGCCUCGCCCAGCAGUGCCUCCCAGCCUCCCGGGGCCAACGGGGAUGCCACUUCAGAGGCCACGGAAGGAAUAGCCUUGGUCCAGCUCCAUGGGACUGUCCCAACCAUGAAAAUCAACACUCAGUGCCGUAUCAACUGGACAAUGCAGGAUCAUGGUCAAGGCAAGGACAUCAUGCCUGAAGGCCGGGCGGACCUGAGUGACCUCACAAUCCAGCAUGCACAUUGCUCUUCUGCAGACACACCAGGAGCAGCAUCUGGAUGAAGACCCGCAGGUCCAGUCACCUGUCCACAUCUCCCCUUGUCCCGGGGCAAUAGCCCCCAGCCUGUGGAGGCUUCUGGUUCCCUUGUCUCCUUGACUUCCCUCCCUAGCCGUCAGGACCCAGUUUCUGUGGGAAGGUGGCGGCCACCGGCACUGUCCUCCCACCUGGCAGCUUUGUGGAUAGUUUCUGAACCAAGGACCAGAGGUUUCCAGCUCCCCCCGUCCUUUCGGACAGAGCAGAAACACAAAGACUCAGCUGAGAGGUUUUUUAUUUCUUUCGACCCUCCCCUCAGGUGAGGGCUUACUUAGGCAGCUGUAGAUUCCCUGAGAAAAGGACAGGGUCCGGACCCGCUGUUUAGAGACCCACCUCAAUUUAUUCUUUUCCUUCUCUUUCCCAAAGAUGCUUCAGGGCCUCUGGUCCCCACACCCUCCUCUCCUUUCCAUCUGGGGGGAAAUCCUGCCCACCCCCCCACCCCCCCAGGUUAGGGAAUCUCUCCAGAGAGUAGAUGUCAUGGCCUAAGUGAGGCCAGACUCUGAACGGGAAGCCAGGGGAGAAAAAGGGCUCCAGGCCUAGUUUCCAGCAUCCUAGCACAACCCCGGCCCCGCCUGGGUGUUCGCUAAGUGGUGAGAAACUCAUGUCUGACAACCUGAAAACAGUGUUCAUCUGGCCUGCAGAGUUUCCAGAGACCCUGAUGCCCAUCUCUGUUGAGGCUCCUGGCCUCAGUUUCCCCUCAGCAGCACAGGCCUUCCUGUGCUAUGUUCCAGGUCUCUAUAGCCCUGCCUUCUGGUUUCUUCCCUCCACUGUGGUGCUGUUGGGGGAGGGCAGGCCUGGAUUAAAGCUUUUAGCCCGUCUAAA